CGUACAUAUACGUAUAUCCAACACCUGCCAUCAUGACGUCCGUCCACGCUCCACAGUUGCCUGGGGAUGUACAUCCGCUGUUGAACAAGUACCAUGCAUGGGUCUUGGAGAAUGAAUCGUUCGCUCGUCGUCUGGAGAACGUGUUGUAUGUCGUGCCAAUGCUCGUGCCCGCGACUUUGGGUAACCCUGACGUCGUGUCGGAGGUCGGGUACUCGAUGGGAGGGUUGCUCAAGCUAUACCACGACUGGGUGCUGUAUCAAGUCACCCCACCGUCCGAUGAGAAGACACUCACCGCGGACAACACGUCGUUUUCUAUCGUCCAAGCCGCGCGAGUGCCGCUGUCGAUCAUCUCUCAGGUCCAAGUGGCGGCCGAGAUGAUUUCUCUCAAGGUCGGCGGCAAGCAAUCACGUUGGAACGUCAUCGUGCUCCUGGAACUGUGCAAGAGCAUCUGCAAAUUGGUGCUGCUCGCCCAUUCGAAAGGCCAAGUGCUGUACAAAUGUGGCCCCUACAUCUCAUGCGAAGUCCGUCCCCAAGACGCGGUGGCGGCGGCAGACGAGUACACUGGCCAACGCAGCGGCCGCGUGUAUCGGUCGACGUCGUCCCGCCCUCGCGAGACCAACCUGCAGCCGUUGACGUUGUCGUUCCUCGACGCCACGUAUGCGUCGGGGGACGAAGGCCCGGUCCAGACCGUCGCGGAAGUGCUGCAUAUCGUUCGCCCUGUCGUCUACGCGGCCUUGUGCCAGCGACAGACGGAUCGGUCGUGGGUACCGUUCCUCGCGUCAUUUUCCACCGAAGUUGCAAGCAUCUUGCUGUCCACGUCUGUCGAUGCCAAGCGCAAGCGACUGCAAAAUGACAAAGUCGACGAGGAGUACCACCGACGAAAGUGAUGUUGUAGAUGUGUCUGUUCCUGUACUUGCUGCGGAAUCCAGUGUUUUCGUCUGUCACGGAGCCUGUCGUCGAAGGCUUGUGCAAUUCGACCCAACCGAUGCCCCUUCUCGGUCGCCUGAUGCGGUUUGCUGUGGACAACGGCCUGCAUUACUACCAGCGCCGCCAUUUUUACACGUCAGCCUCGUAGUGCUUUACUACUUUUAGCCCAAUGUAUCUCCAAAGCACACAAUCAAAGCCUUUCAAAACCUACAGGAAAAUUUCGCAUAUCUGUGACUCGUUUUUUUUUUCGUGUCAUAAUACGAUGUUGCGAUAAUAAAAC